CGCGAGCGUAGUGCAUUACAGUGCAGCGAAGCAGCACCUGACCAACAGUCGCGCGGCAGUCAACGCAGUGCAGCUGACGACUUGGUCUGCUUGCACCUGGGCCUCACGCACGUGCGCUCGCAAGCGACGCGCACCCAACGGCCCGCCGCGGCCCUUCUUACGCAGCUGUUCAAAACGGGUCACGCGGCUUCGCCCCGGCAUCGGGCCGCCCUAGCUCGCGCAGCUUUUGCUUCGCAGCCACCGUCUGCAAGCCGGCGCUCGCCUGGCUGAGUCUGCCUGUCGGCUUACCGCAUUGCGCUACGCCUGUAGCUAGCUAAGCGCUCGACGAGGCUCGACGGCACUUAAGUCGCAGAUAGCGCUCGCACGCUUAGGGUCAAUUCCAGCGGGCCGACCCAGUCAACGCACACGCAACAGCAGCGGUCGCGAUCAGCUAGCGUCUGACGCCCAUUGCCAAUGAUCUCCGGCUCUGUGUCUCGGCGUGUGGGAGAGGCGGGCCGGCGGCAAUCCCAGGCGCGCCGUCGCACCACAGCCGCUCGCAGCACCACCGCCGCUCUCACCACCAGACGUCUCAGCGCCUCGUCAGCGCACGCGACCGCGCCUGCGCUGCUGCUGCUGCAGCUGCUGCUCGUGGGCUGCUUCAGCCAGGCAGGCGCGAACUGGUUCGGAGGCGGCGGAGGCUGGCGACAGGGGCGCGCGACGCGCUACGACGGCCCUGACGAUUGGUGGAGCAUUCAUGAAGGGUCCUGUGGAUUCGGCUAUCUGGACCAGGGCGUGGCCAGCGGCUGGGACGUGGCGGCUAUCUCCGACACCUGCGACGACUACUCCGGCAGCUGCGGCCGCUGCUACGAGGUCAAGUGCGAUCCCGCCUCCUUCAAUGACGGCUAUGGCCAGUGGCUGGACCGGUCUAACGUGUGCCGCGACCCCGACCGGAGCGUCAUUGUGCAGGUCGUGGACAGCUGCCCCUGCAACUACCCCACCAACGCCUACUCCAACCGGCGCUGGUGCUGCGGCGACAUGUACCACCUGGACCUGUCCACGUGGGCCUUUGAGAAGCUCGCGGAGAAGAAGUGGGGCGUCAUCGGUCUGCUGGUGCGGCAGGUGGACUGCGGCCAGGGACCCAGCGACCCAGCGCCGCCGCCGCCCGACCCCACACCCUUCGUCUCGCGCAUCUCGCGGCCCUGGGGCUGGCGUGACCGCAGACCGUGGCGGCGCUGAACGUGGGUUCAGAUCCAGAGGCGGAUCCCACCAGAUCCGGAUCCAGAUCCACGUGGGUUCAGAUCCAGAUGCUAAUCAAGCGCCCAGACCGGAUGCUUAAGAUUGUAGUUGUACUCGUGAGUCGGUUGGUGGGGCCCGGAGUGCGGAUGACCCGGCACCGUCUGUUGUCACUCUUCCACUUGCGUAAGACAUACGGCUGUGUCCAGCGGCGGUACUAGGCAUGGCAUGCCCAGAACAAGAUGAGCCGCAAGCUUGGGAAAUGUAUGUGCGUGAGCGCCCUAACUCACUGCCUGGGAGAAAUGCGUGUCUGUAUAGUAUUACGGCGGGUGAACGAUGCUUCCGCUCAGCGUUGUCAGUGCCCUUUUUGUGGGUGGCGCGUGUGUUCAAUGCAUUUGCUAGUUGUGCCGCACGGCAGUGCGCGUGCCCUUCUGUGUUUUUUACUGUACAUGAGUACCGGCCGGCUGUACAUCACGCCGGAUAGGAGCUGUGCAUCCGAGGCUGCGCACGUUUAGGAGGCUAGCGUGCAACACAUGACCCCAGGUUGGCAAACUCAGCACUGUGGUUUGGGGGGCUUCCUCCGCGCGGCGUGACGCAGGCGCCCGUUGCGCUCUCCUUAUUUGCGGCCGCCUGCUGCCGCUCCCACGCGGCGACCAAUUGGUGCUGGUGGUAGUGUGGCCAGUGAAGAGAAUGCUCAAGAAGUGGAAUGCCGGGCGCGAGCGCGAAGAAUGCCACAAGCGGCGGGUGUAUUGAGCGCAAGCCUGUCGGGGUUGGAAUGAAAGGAACGGCGUCGUCGUGGCCGGCCGUUCUUGCGCUGUUGUGGAGGGUCGGGGGCUCGGGGCUGGUGUAUUAGGAUUGAAUGGCUGCAGACGACUCUCGCCGGAGUUUCCGCACUGAGCAUAACCCAUGUAGGAGUUGCGAGUUGUGCAUUAACGCAUCAAACGCUGACUGAGAGGUAGAUAGUUGUAUGUGCAAAGUGCAUUCAGGGUAGGCAGCAAGGCACUGCUUAAGGCACGUGGCCUAAGCUGGUCUGCCCGGGGGUGCAGAAAGGCACUCAGUGUAAUGUCGGGAGGCG